CGCAGCAGAAUCCAGCGCAAAUGUGCAGGAAGGACUGAGACCAGCUGAAAGCUGUGGCUGUUCGACGUGUAUUAUCUCAUUUUUAUGGACAUUCAGCAUUCACCCGGAUCCUAUCCUGUCAAAUAUUAUACUAUCUGAUGCCUUCUUUCAUAGUCGCGUCUAAUAACCUAAGCCGAACAGAAGGUGCUCGUGAAUAUAGGUAAAUAGCGGACAGUAAGUCGGAUGUUGACAGCAUAGAACUUACGUUACCACCCAAACAUGGUGCUUUGACCGAAGUGAUGCUGCAUCGCCAGUAUGGAGUCUUUAAUAUUUUAUUUAGUGCUGUUAGCUCCACUUCUUGUCUAUUCUGCUGUGAAGCCAGCCUCUUUUGAAGAAGACUUGAGAAAUCAGGAAGAGGUACAAGAGUUUGAUGCGCUCAGCUCCUUACUGUCAGACUAUGAUGUGGUGCCUGCAUCAGGACUCCAGCUUCACUCGCUCAGGAAGAGGGAUGUUGAUGCCCGGUCACAUGUGGAGCGGCUGGUCAGCUUCACAGCUCUCCGGAGGCACUUCAAUCUGUACUUGACAACAAACACAGAACUUUUCACGGACAACUUCAAGGCUGUUUUCGUAGAUGAGAAUGGAAAAGAGGACCAAUAUGAUAUUCAGUUACAGAAUUACUUUAAAGGACACGUAGUGGGAGAGGAGCACUCCCGAGUGCAAGCACACAUAGACGGGGACGAGUUUUCAGCCCACAUUCUUACUGAAGAGGCUGAAUAUAAUGUAGAGCCCUUGUGGCGGUUUACAGAGUCGCCCCCUGAUGGCCGAAUGCUGGUGUACCGCUCAGAGGACAUUAAGAAUAUUAGUCGACUGUCCUCACCCAAAGUGUGUGGAUAUGUGAAGGCUAAUGCCCAGGAUCUCCUGCCAGAAGAGGCAGCAGGACAAACGGAACAGGAGGAGGAGCCUCACAACAGAGAGAGAAGAUCUGCACACGACCACAAGAAGAACACCUGCCCGCUGCUGUUAGUGGCAGAUCAUCGCUUCUUUAAGCACAUGGGCCGUGGAGAGGAGAGCACCACCCUCAACUACUUGAUUGAGCUGAUAGACAGAGUGGAUGAUAUCUAUAGGAACACAUCCUGGGAUCAUGAAUUUAUAGGUUACGGUGUGCAGAUUCAACAGAUAAUCAUAAAUAAGUGGCCGACAAAAGUUGCCCCAGGAGAGAUUCACUACAAUAUGGAUGGAAGCCCACUUGAAAGAACUGGCAGUGUGUGGGAUGUGAAGAAACUUCUGGAACAAUUCAGUUAUGACAUCGCAGACAACGCCUCUGCAGUUUGCCUUGCCCAUCUCUUCACCUAUCAGGACUUUGAUGAUGGCACUCUGGGUCUGGCAUACGUGGCCCCUUCCAAACAGGGAUUGGGAGGGCUCUGCCCUAAACCCUACUAUCCAUCACAGUCCGUCAAGAAACCCAGUUACCUGAACACUGGCUUGACAAGCACCAUGAAUUAUGGGAAAACUAUUCUGACUAAGGAAGCAGAUCUUGUAACCACUCAUGAGCUCGGACACAACUUUGGAGCUGAACACGAUCCAGACACUGUACCUAAUUGUGCGCCCAGCGACGACCAGGGUGGCAAAUAUGUCAUGUACCCUAUUGCGGUCAGCGGAGAUCACUUCAACAACAAGCGCUUCUCCAUUUGUAGCAGGAACUCAGUGAUUAAGGCGUUAAAGGUUAAGGCCCACCAGUGCUUUAAGGAGAGGAGCAGUAAGCUGUGUGGGAACUCCCGUGUGGAGGAGGACGAAGACUGCGACCCUGGACUGCUUCAUCUCUACGACGACGAAUGCUGCACAGCUAAGUGCAAAUUCAGGAAGCAGGCACAAUGCAGUGACAGGAACAGCCCCUGCUGCAAGAACUGUAGGUUUGAAAGUGCAGAUAAGAUCUGUCAGGAGACCAUCACUGCCACCUGCAAAAACACGUCCAGGUGCACAGGCAACAGCAGUGAGUGCCCCACGCCUGGUAACCUGGUUGAUAAUACAGAGUGUGUGGACAAGGGUCGAUGUCAGAAGGGCGAGUGCAAGCCUUUCUGUGAGGCCUUGCAUAACCUUGAGUCCUGCGCCUGCAAUGAGACCGAGGAAUCGUGUAAAGUGUGCUGUAGGAGCAGAGACGGGCUGUGCACUCCCUUUUUUGGUGGAGGGAUAUUUCUUUACCUGCGCAAGGGCAAACCCUGUACUGUUGGCUUCUGUGACGGGGACGGCAAAUGCAUGAAGCAGGUCCAAGAUGUCAUUGAACGUUUAUGGGACUUCAUUGACAAACUGGACAUCAACACAUUUGGGAAGUUCUUGGCUGACAACAUAGUGGGAUCAGUGGUGGUCUUCUCUCUCCUGUUCUGGAUCCCCCUAAGCAUACUGGUGCACUGUGUGGACAAGAAACUGGAUCAACAAUAUGAGGAAAACUCCAAAACCAUGAUGUACCCUAGUCAGAUGGUAGUGGAGGUGUGUAGUAGAGCUCUUAACUCAGAGCGCAGAGAUGCUGAGCAGUCUGGAACCGGUGCCCUUCCGCAUCGUCAAGGUCCCUCAUCCGCUGUCAGCACGACCUCAGCCCUCAACGGGCCCCGCCGUGUCAUCGGCACAGGAGACGCUCGCCGCCCCAGGCCCUGCCAACCUCUCCGCCGAACCCAAAGUGGAUCCGCUGCGAAUGGCCACAAUCGAGGAGGACCCCAGCGGAGACUCCUCUCACCUGGACGAGGAGGAAGGCUUCCCUCAAAGCGGCACAGCUGCCAGGUCCUUCGAGGACCUCACCGGACAGGCAAUGCCAUCCCGCGGGGACAAGAGACGGCUGAAGAGACAGGCGCGCAUUGACAGUAAGGAGACCGAGUGCUGAGGACACUCGUAUUCAAGUCAAAGAUCACUCGAUUGAGACAAGAGCCGUAAUAAACGGUGCAAUCAGGCUUCAUUUUGUUGGUGCACUUAAAAGUGUAUGUGAUGUGUAGACUGCUGACACAUUUCGGUUGGUUUUUAGACAUUUUCUAGCAUUCUUUUAAUGCACAAUUGUCGUUGUUACAAGUAGUGUCACUUACAAGCAAGUCAGUAACUGCCAAGAGAAAUAACUGAUGUUU